ACCGGAUAAAUUGUCGUAAAGAUCGUUAUCGUAGGCUCGUUGACGCCUAAUCACCACACAAUGGGAGGGAGCAUUCCCAGUAUUAUUUAAUAUGAAGAUAGCCCUCAGUUCGUCUCUACUCGUUGACCCGCCACUGCCUAAAUAGUUACUUUCACAGGAUCGUAAUUUACAACUAUUACUGAAUAUUUCUUCCUGAUACAUUACGAGAAUACACGUUGAAAAAUGAAGUACUUAAUUAUACUAUUAUCAUGUGCUAGUGUUGUAUUAGGAGCAACAAUGUCUGAUGGUCAGCUUGAAAGGACGUUAGCUGAUAAACCAACUAUGCAAAGACAUAUUCGAUGUGCUCUUGGAGAGGGUCCUUGUGAUACCGUCGGAAUAAGACUGCGAACGUUGGCACCACUGGUGUUGCGAGGAGCAUGUCCGCAAUGUUCAAUUCAAGAAACGAGACAAAUUCGUCGGACCUUGGCUUUUGUUCAGAGAAACUUUCCUUGGGAGUGGGCAAAGAUUGCUGCACAUGUAUUCGUGUUUUGUGCAUUAGUAGCUAUAUGCGUCGCCGAGACACAACGGCCGCCAGUCUCAGAUACAGCACUAGAUGACGCUCUCAAUGAUAAGCGUUUCAUACAACGACAACUGAAAUGUGCGCUUGGUGAAGCGCCCUGUGAUCCAAUUGGGAAAAGACUAAAGACAUUGGCACCAUUGGUCCUGCGAGGAGCAUGUCCCCAGUGCUCGCCGCAAGAAACGAAACAAAUACAACGCACGCUUUCAUAUGUUCAAAGAAACUUCCCACAACAAUGGGCUAAAAUUGUCCGUCAGUAUUCUGGAUAAAGCUAGAAUUAGCUAACGAUAAAGAAAUACUGGUAUUUAUACUUACAAUUAUGAUAGUAUAUUAUGACUAUGAGACAUGAGUGACAAACAAAAAUAUAGACGUAGCCUUUGUAGCAAAACGCGGGAAAUUGUCGGUAUAUAUUGUACUAAGUACUUAUACAUUUUGCCAUGACUCAUGACAUAAUAUUACCUACUCUAGAAUAAGAACUAGCAGUAGCUUAGUUCAGUUCUUAUUCUAAGUUACCUACUAAAUUCAAGUUCACAGUUUAAAGAAGAUAAAAAGGGUAAAUUUACAAAAUAUUUUUAAGGUAAAUUUUGUUGAGAAAUGUUUUAUUUUUUGUUAAUUAUAUAACAUUUUAAAUCCUCAAAUUAUUAAAAUUUAUCUAAAGACGCAUUAUUUGUAAAUAUGGAUAUUUUCUGUAUUAUAUUAUCCUUUCCACAUACUUAAUCAUUGUAAUUUAUUGUAGGUAUUUAAAUAAAUAUUCAUUGAGUUGAGCAAAGCUAUCCAUAUUAUUAUAUUGUAGUCUUUAGAUUUAUAGUAGCAUAGUUACAUCUUCUGUUAUAGUAAAUAUUAGUAAAAUCAUAAUAUCAUUGAAAUUAGGUAUAACAAAGGUUAGCGUAACAAGCCUUGUUAGAUCGAUAAUAAAAGAAAAGGCUUAAUAUACCGUCUUAUUUUUUAUCUAUUUCUCAAUAAAUU